AUGACACCCGGAGGUCCGCAUCAGUUAAGCGGAUCUGGAGUGAUAGCCUUUCAUAACCUGUCAGCUUAUUUUAAAUGUCUGUUACCAAUCAAGAUACUCAUCAAAAUGGUGCUGGAUUACAAAGUUCGUAACCUUACUGUCGAUAAGGUGGAGCCAAACAAACACGUGUCAAAUGCUCAGGGAAAGUUAGAGGAAUUACUCACCGAGAUUACCGACGUGUUGACAUCGGGUACGAUGUUCUAGGCAUUUUUCUAUACAGCGCACUCAAAUUUAACCCUGAUGAUAAUGCAUUUAUUAACGAUGAUCCUGGUUGGAAAUUGUUCAACGAAUGGAGUGCCCGUCACUUGUAUUUAGUGAACGAUAUUUAUUCAAACAAAAGGGAAACUUUACAGCAGCAAGCUAAAUUUACGUUGGUAUACAUUACAAUGAAUACUGAAGAAUGUGACGCACAGG